AUGUUAAUAAAUAAAUUCAUCUAUGUAUACUUUAUCACAGUGUCCAUUAUUUAUGGAUUGACAGCAAUUGGAUUCCUAUUUAAAGCGCUUAAUCCAGUUUAAAAAGUAAUUUAUUAUCUUUAUAGAAGGCAUUGUCAAAAGUGUUAAGAUAAUAACCAUUAUAUAGUUAUUUGAAAUUUACUUAUGGUAUUAUUAGCUUUGGAAUAUGUCUAUUGUGGAUUUAUAAUUUUGAUCAAAUAUAAAAGCAACUUGAACAUUUGGAUUUGCAUUUAGAUAAGACUACCUUAGAUUAUAUUGAAGAUAAAGAAGAUUUAUAUAGAGAUGAAAGAAAUCUAUACCUUUAUGGAGGAGCAUUUUUUGUCACUUUGGCUAAUUUAAGAAUAUUGAGUUUAAUACAUGAUUAUUAUGAAUCAUAUGACAGAACAGAGGCAACAUAGAAAAAAUUAAAGGAAUAAUGA